AUGGACUCCUCCCCUCACGAGAAGGUGACGGGAAAGGGAGGGGGCGCGCGCCGAGGGAAAAGACAUUCUCUUCGCGUCGUGUGGUGGAUCCUCCUGUUUUGUUGCUUCUGCGUGUUCAUAGUUUUCAAUCCUUUAGUUUCCUCCUUUAUCUUUCCGGGUCUCCGUCGAGUGCUCAGAGCACGAGAUGCCGAAAACGCUCCUGUUUUGACCAGUCACUCCUCUCCAGUUGGUGACGCGUUUCACAAAUCUCAACAAGAAGCACCGGAGCGCUCUGCUUCCCACGAACCGCACAGACCAGCCAUGAGGAGAGGGAUAAAAUACUUCCGCUGGUCUCACACAGUGUCGUCCCAGCUGCAGCGACAGCAGCCUGGUACUAUCUUCUUUCUGUUCUAUGACGAGAAACAAUCCAGAGAUGGUGGAGAUACCUCGGAACAGAGGCGGGGAGAAAACAGCAACGGAGGGAGCGGAGCAGAGGAGGACUCCUCUGGGACGCUUCUCUCUGACUUCCAGGAUCUUGCUGUUGAUUUUAACAGCCAACCCAUUUUCCACGUGAGCGUUACGAAGUCUCUCAUGCAUCACUGGGCUUACAUUCUGCCCGAAGGAAGCGAGGACACGCUGCCUCUCGCCCUCAUCGUGGAAAUGAACAAAGGGUGGAAGAAGUUCAUCUUGAAUGACAGACACCUCAACUACGAAAAACUGAGAAAUUUCGAGGAACAAUAUUUCAUGGGCAAGCUAUCACCAUAUGUGAGAUCCGAGUCGACAAGCGCUGUGGAGUCGUCCGAACAGCAGGUUAUCGUCCAUCUUGUGGGAGACACGUUCAAAAAGAACGUCGUAGAUAGCAAACACGAUGCUCUCGUUUUCUUCUAUGCGCCGUGGUGCGGCUUCUGCAAACGAUUUGAGCCUCAACUGCGUCGCCUUGCAGCCGAGUUCACACAAAUCAGGUCUAUCCGUUUCUAUAAAAUGGAUGUCACUAAAAAUGAUAUCGAUCAUCCUCAUACACGUGUCGAACGGGUGCCGCACGUUGCUCUGUACCUCCGCGGGAAGAAGAUGGAAACUCCCAUCAAGUUUGAUCAUUCCAUCGACGACGUUGUCGAGUACGGAAAAGAUUUUCUUCUGAGCCACGCGACUUGCAAGCAGAUUGACCUCGUGACUAAAAACGAUUGUGAUUUUGGAGACACACCUGGUCAUGAAUUUUGA